AUUUCGUUGUUCGUUUGUGCUUAAUAAACACAGAGAUGCAGACAGUUUGUCAGAUUUACAUCAGUGAAACUCACGCUCCAGUAAUGGCGCCACGAGCCUCCGUAUUUAUUUGAUACGAUAAGAAAAGAUUAUUCCAGAUGGAGUAAAAACAACCCGGUACAGACGAGUAAACAGCUGUUUUGUAUUCUGAUUAAAUAACAGCUUUAGGUAUGUGAGUUUAAACGCAUGUCUUAUGUAUGGUAAUCAUGUUUUAUUACAGUUUGACUGUACGUUACUCUUUAAACUAUUUACAGAUUUCUGUGUACCCAAUUGCAUUAUUUACGUCGUUUUAAGAAUUAUGAUUGUUUUAUGUGAAUUUUUAUGCAGUGAAGUUUUGAUUUGUAUUGUGUCGACAAAGUGGGUGUGUACGGCGGUCCUCUGCUUCACACUAAACGUGCACAUUGUUUUGCGCUUUUAUUUAAGUCUAAUUUAUCGUAAUGUUAAGUACGUUUGUUUAUGAAUGUUUAUGUAUUUUUCUGCAUGAUUGAAAGGCAUGGAAAGCUAACCCGUGCAGAUAAGGGUAUCUGUGAUAUAUACUUUUCAAACUUUUUAAAUCUCCAGCAUAUACUGCAUUAUUAUGAACUCUCUCUAAAUUAUUUUGACAUUUAAAUGAUAAAAAUUACGCGUAGACGAUAACCGCUUCUCACGUGGCAGCUCUCCGUGACCAAAACGCACCAGUGCGCUUACUACAUACAUACAUACAAUUCGUAAACGAAUCCUUUUUUGAGUCGAUUCAAUAAAGUAGUCUGUAUGAUUCGAUCGCGACACUGGGGCACACUAAAUAAUAGACACUUGCAAUAAACAUACUUAUCAAUAACGUAAUAAACAGCAAUAUAUACGUACAUACGGUUUAAUUGGAACGUCGAGACGUAGGAACCACGUGAUGGCGUCAUUACUCGUUGAUGAAAAACGGACUGUUCGAAAGAACCGAUUCGCAGAAAUGAGUUUAAUUUAGCACCAGUAUUACAGGCGAACCAUAAUUAUAUUCAACGUCAUAUACACACAGACUCUUAUGAAUAAGUCUAAACAUAGCAGGAAUAAAAGGAUCUAUUGUGUAAGAGACAGUGAAAUGGAGGUCGUGCGCUAGCGAUUAGCUAAAGCUAACUGAUCAGUAUCUUAAAUACAAGAGCUCCAGUCAUCAUCAUAGCAAACAGAUAUUCUGUUUGAAAAAUAGUGUCUCUCUGCUAUGGAGGAGAGUGUGAGCCCUGAGCUGGCUCAAGCCCCUGAGCCUGAGCCCAGCCAGGAUCCUGUGGAUACCAGCUCACAAGAACCAACAUCGGUCUCGGAAGAAGUCAAAGAUCAAAAAGACCAAGGUGAUGUUAGUGAAGACAAAGUAGAGGACCCUGACAAAUCCACAAAGCCCUCGCGUGAGUUUAAGAAGACUUGGGGCUUUCGUCGGACCACCAUUGCUAAGAGGGAAAUCCCUGGAGAAAUGGCAGCAGAGACCCCAGAGGGCAAGGGCGCCCCAGUGCGUCGUAGCGGCAGGCAGGCAAAGCGCACGGACAAACUGGAAGAGUUUCUGGUCACUGUGAAGCGAGGAAGAGGAACGGGCAGGAGAAGUUGUCCCUCACGACUUGAGGGAGGUGAUCCUCCAUCCCAGACCCCAACAGAUGCCGAAACGGCUUCCGAGGCCAGCUUUGACGGAAAUGCGGAAGCCAAAGCAGAGGAACAGAAAGUACCCUCACCAGAGAAAAGGAAAAGGGGCCGGGGAAGGACGAGGAGGGCAGUAAAGCCUAAAGCAGACGGAGGCUCGGUGAGUGAUGACGGCAGCUCUGAAAACGAAGAGGAGGCUGGAAGCGAAGUAACCAAAGAGACUCAAGAAAACAUUGAGACUGGGGCCAGUGCUGAAGAUGAAAAGGAUGUAGAAGCAAAAAAGGAACAAGUGAUGGAUGUGGUGAUGAAAGAAGAGGAAGAUGUGGAGGAGGGUAAUAAGAGCAAAGAGGUGUCCUCAAAUGAGUCUGUAAAUAGACGUCCUACCAGAGCAGCCAGUAAAGAUUCUAAAAGAGACACUAAACCAAAAGUAGGAGUGAAGCUCCGCAAAGAGAAGAAAGAGGAUGAGGACGACGAUGAUGAUGAUGAUGAUGACGACGACGACGACGACGAGUCGUCGUCCAGUGAGUGCGACAGUGAUGGUUAUGACCCCAAUGCACUUUACUGCAUCUGCAGGCAGAAACACAACAAAAGGUUCAUGAUCUGCUGCGAUCGCUGCGAGGAGUGGUUUCAUGGCGACUGUGUUGGCAUCUCUGAGGCACGUGGCCGACUGAUGGAGAGAAACGGAGAGGACUAUGUCUGUCCAAACUGCUACACACAGAAAGGACAGAUUUCCAAGGCCGGUUCCUCCACAGCAGCUGCAGAGAAUGGCAAACGGCCAGUAGCUGGCCUUCGUAAAACUGAGACCGGUCUCACUACACCAUCUAGCACUUCUGCAGCCACCACAGAGGAGAAAGCUUCUGAUGACCUGGGUAUCAAGGGCAGGAUCGAGAAGGCUACCAAUCCUAGUGGGAAAAAGAAAAUAAAGAUUUUCCAGCCGCAGGUGCCUGCAGUUGAGGGAUCUUCCCUCCCAAAGUGCAUCGGCCCUGGCUGUGAGAGAGAUGCUCUCCCUGACUCUGUCUACUGUGGGAACGACUGCAUACUCAGACAUGCUGCUGCUGCCAUGAAGUCCAUCACCACGGAUGGAAAAGACUCCAAACAGAAAGAGAGGGGCAAGCCCAAAGCGCAGAAAAAGACCACAAAUAAAUCACCACAGAAGAGGAGUUCUGGACCGGAAAGGAGGUCGUCUAACCAAGCUGAGGAGGAGGAGUCAGAAUCUGGGACUGAGGAAGAUGAUGAUGAUGAAGACAAGCAUGCAGAGGAGCAUCCGCCGCCUCCGGCCAUGUCAUCCUGGUCCAGUGACCAUAAUUACAUUGCAGUAACGCCAGAAAAGACUACACCCAUAUCAGCAUCUGUGUUAAACAAAGCGUCAGCUCCCCAAAAAGACAAAGAAAAGGAGGGCAACGAAGAAGUCAAACCAGAGAAGGAGACUGCAUCCGCAGACAAGAAACCCCCUGCUUCAAAUGUUGCUCCCAAAGGUGGAAAGAAGUCUCCUGGCUCCAAGGGGACAAAGACAGCUGCUACCACCUCUUCUUUUCCCAAAGGCAAAACAAACGCACCACCUUUGAGCAGUGGCAGAGAGUUAAGAAAACAGCCCACACCACAGGGCAAAGUGAAGAAGCCUGGACCUCCCCCACCACCAAUUCCGGUUUUAUCUCCUUCAGGCCCCCCAGGAUCUCGCCACCAUGUCUCUGGAGCUCUUCGCGUUGGCAAAAGCACCUUUACUAUCCCCAAAAAACAGCCACAGACAGGGCAAAAGGAGUCUACAGAGCCUGGUCCCUCUCCCACCACUAGAACCCCACCUUCACCAGUGUCAUCCACCCAACACCCAUUGCCUAAACCAACCCAGCCCGCUGCACCUGUUGCUCUUCCACAGCCACCACCCAACAACCAGAUGAGAUCCAACAUCAGACGAUCACUGACUGACAUCUUGUAUAAAAGAGUCAGUGACAGUGAUGAUCUCUCCAUGUCUGAGAGUGAAGUGGGAAAGUUGUCCGUCAGCAUUGAGAAGGAGAUGUUUAACCUUUAUUUGAACACUGAUAACAAGUAUAAGAACAAGUACAGAUCCCUUAUGUUUAACCUAAAGGACCCCAAAAACAAGGGCCUGUUCUAUCGCGUGGUUGGUGGCGAGAUCAGUCCUUUCAGGCUGGUGAGACUUAGUCCAGAAGAACUUCUUUCCAAGGAGAUGUCAGACUGGAGAAAAUCUGAGGUCUCUGAGAGUCUGGAUAUAAGUGGAAGAUCCCAGCCUAAAAGUGGAUCCAGACAGGAGGGUGCUCCCCCAGAUGUAGACAUGGAGGAAGCUCCUCCUCCUAUGUCUGAUGGAGAUGUAUGUAUGCCUGCCACUUCCCAAUCUCCCCACUUGGCUUCUGCUGCUGACUCCCAAGAGGACACGCGGCCUACUUCUGCACAACAACCACCAGUCUCUUCUGGUAAAGGCAGCUCAAUGCCAGACAUCUUCAGUAGUAUGCUGAAAGACACUACAGCAGAGCACAGGGCUCAUCUCUUUGACCUGAACUGCAAGAUCUGUACAGGCCAGAAAUCUGCAGAUGAUGAACCACCAUCUAAAAAAACCAAAAUGUCUGCGCCUAAAAAGCCAGAGCCGUCUUUUAAGUCUAAACCAGAGCCAAGACCAUCUAAAUCCCCUGCUGAUCUUCCUCAAGGUUCCUCUCUUUCUGGUGUUGAAAUGCCUUUGCCUGAUUCUACGUCGCAGAUGGAGGAUUCAAGCAGUGUAUUUCCUGUGGUUCAGCCCCCAGUCUCUGCUGCUGUACCAGCAGUCUCUUCCGUUACAAUAACUCGAAGGGAUCCUCGUACUGCAGGCCACCGGUCAUCUGUGCCUCACAUAGUUCCUGAUAUUCCUGCUAUGCCAGCAAAUAUUCCUGUCCCUGUUGAACCUGUGGUUGUAGAAGCAAAAGGUCCUUUGCCUAUGCCCCCUCCUGCCCCAGCAUCUCUAGCCCGACCUGUGAUACCAAAACCAGCCUCUUCACAAGAUCUGCGCAAUUAUGGGUCCAGUACAACCAGUGUGUCAGAGCCCACUCCUGAGGGUGAAACCGCUUUGUUUUUGUCUGGACAAGAGAUGAUGUGGAAAGGAUUCAUAAACAUGCACUCUGUUGCCAAGUUUGUCACAAAAGCGUAUAUGGUUUCAGGAUCAUUUGAGCAUAUUAAGGAGGACUUGCCUGACACCAUUCAUAUUGGCGGUAGAAUAUCACCACACACUGUUUGGGAUUAUGUGGGAAAGUUGAAGACUUCACUGUCAAAAGAACUCAGUCUCAUUCGUUUCCAUCCAGCAACUGAAGAGGAGGAGGUGGCGUAUGUGUCUCUUUUUUCUUAUUUCAGUAGCCGUAAGCGGUUUGGAGUAGUGGCAAACAGCAACAAGCGCAUUAAAGACCUUUACCUCAUCCCUCUGAGCUCAAAAGACCCACUUCCUGCAAAACUUCUGCCAUUUGAUGGACCAGGUCUGGAACCAGCUCGCCCCAAUCUCCUCCUGGGGUUGUUGAUUUGCCAGAAGGACAAGAAGCGUUCUGGAGCCCCUCUAGAGAAUGAGGAGAAACGUUCUAAAACUCUAAGAGAUGAAGAGACAGGCCUUCCAAAACCAUCCACUGUUGGUAAAUCUGAAAUUAAACAGGACAAAGUUCUUCGAUCUAGUCUGGAUGCCAUAAGCACAACUCCCCCAGGCACCCCUCCACCCCUCACUGCUGCUGAGUCUUCAAGUUCUGUCUCUUCUGUGUUUUCCAUACUCUCCUCUGUGAAAGCACCUGGUAUCAGCACUAGCACAGGCAGUAAUUCUCCAUCCUCCAAUGUCUCAGCACCAUCAACAGCCACUCCACUUCAGACUAUCCUGAAAACACUUUUUGGUAAGAAGAAGCAAGAUUCUGACAUCUCGUUAUCACCUUCAGAUCAAAGUGCUGUAGAUGUCUCUGUGCCCAUGCUAGAUCCAAUUGUACAGCAGUUUGCAGUAACCAAGGGUAGAGAAGUAGAAGUACAGGACGAUAGACCAUAUGAUCCUGAAGAAGAAUAUGACCCAGCUGUUGGCUAUGGUGCAGAAAAUACCCAUCAUACAACAAAAGUAUUGGCUGCCAUUAAGCAAACGGAGGUCACCACUAUGAUGGAUGAUGUUGCUUAUGACCCUGAAGAUGACUCUCUUUUUAAUGACGCUGGGGUUGAUCCAGGUGCUAAAAAAUUAACUGAGCAUCAAAAAGUGCUUGAAGACAAACAUAUUGAGGAACAGAAGCACGAGGAAGCAGUUCAUCAGCAAAUGCCAGAGACUUUGGUUUCUCAGCCUGUUACAAGUCUCUUAGCUAACAGUCAAUUGCUUCAGCUUGGUAAAAAGGUUGAAGAGUUGGUGGCAAAGAGUACAGCUGCUCCAGUUAUUAACCAGAGAAGAGACCCAAGGCAGAGUAGAGACCCUAGACAAGCAGCUGCAAGUAGAAGGCAGACUUCUGAUUCCACAGAGACAGAGGAUGAAUCUCCUGUUACUACAGAUAAACCAUCUCCACAAGAAGCUACAAUGAUAGAGACAUCACUAACACAAGCUUGCAUGGCCGCAGACACACAAACUGCACAGCUGGACUCUACUGAAGAUACAUCAGUAGAGGAACCUUCUGCAACCGCAGAUAUUCCCGUAUUGCAAGUUACUGCCACUUUGGAUUCCGUGCAGCCUGCCAUCCUGCCCCCAGAAGCAUCCAAUUCUGAGGAGAAAGUUGAGAGGGAGGAAGCAAGCAAGAGUGAAGUGGUGCCUUUUCUUGAUAUAGAGAGCACAGAAGUUUCUAUUCCAUUACUAGGGGAAAAGAUUGAUCCAGAGUUAGUGGAAAGCUACAUGGAAAAAGAACCUGAAGAGGAACCCAGAACAAAGGAUGAUCCUAUUGAAUCUGAGAUUAAAAGUUUUGAGGAGGUUUGGCCUAAUUCUGCCAGCAUUUUAAAAGCUGAUUCAUCCAUUGGACAGUCUGUUUUAAAAGCUGAACAAGUUUCAUCCAUUGGCCAGCCUAUUGAGACUACUGCAACCACAUAUUAUAACAUUUCAACUAUCAGUACUUUAUCUACAUCCGUACACUCAGGGGUGCCACAAGAUGUCAUCCAAGACAACUCAUCUUAUAUGGAUUCUCACAGUUCCCAUAUACAGCACAUACCGACAACAAAUCCUGCUAACAUUCCACCUCCAAUAUCUUUUCCUCCUCCAAUUGGGCCUCCACCUAUUCUUGGUCCACCUCCCAUGCAAGGCCCACCACCAAUGACUGUUCCACCACCCAUGCAUCUCCCUCCACCAAUGUCAGGACCACCACCAAUGCAGAUUCCCCCAAUGCAAGGUCCACCUCCUCCCCUUGGGGAUAAUGAUCAUUCUCAGUAUCCACCACAUGGUUCAUAUCCACCUUUCCAGAAUCAGUGGAGUAGCAGUUCUCAGUUUGAUGCUGCUCCAAGAGGUCCACCACCUCCAAAUUUUACACCAAGAGGACCACCUCCAUUCCAACCAAUUGGUCAGAGAGUUCCUCCUCCUCAGAUAUUUGAUAAUUCUAUGAAUUCAAUGCCCCCUCAGCAUAUUGGACAAAGAGGCCCACAUCCAGGGCCUCCACUACCUGGGCCACCCCCUCCCAGCUUUGAAGUACAAAGGUUUAAUGGGCCUCCACCCCCUUUUAGCUUCUCUGCACCUAGGGGCCCACCUCCACCAUUUGCUGCCCCCCCUCCAAAUCACUUUGAUAAUAGAACUCCACCACCAUCCCACUUCCCGGGGCCAAGAGGCCCACCUCCACUUCAUAACAUUGGGGAUCAUGGACCUCCAUCUAACAUGUCAAGAGGACCUGGUGAUCAGUUUGAAGAUGGUGGAAACUCCUAUCAUCAAGGAAUGGAGAAGCCCCAGAUACCCUCACAAAGGCCUCCUUUUAGGGGACCACCACCAAACCACUUUGAUGGACGAAGAGGACCGCCUGGUCCUACAGGUGAAAUGUCAGGACAGCGAUUUCCACCUCCAAACCAAUUCCGUGGUUCACCUCAACACAGGGGAUCAUUUGAGGAACCACGGGGAAAUUCAUCUCAAGACUUUGAUAGGCACCGGGGACCAUCAGUUCAGCAGUUUGGUGGCCCGAGAGGUCCACCACCAGGGCAUUAUGAUAAGGAAGCUGUUGGCCAGCCAACACGAUUUAACUACAAUGAUGAUAGCCCAAGUGAUGUUAGAGAUGUUAGACCUGUUCGUGGACCUCUGCUUCCAACACCACCUGAAGGUCCGAUCCCAAUACAGAAUCGUGUAGGUGGACACAGCCCAGACACCCACCGUGAUGACCACUGGAGACGUCACUCCCCUGAAAUGAGGAGGCGAAGCAGUUCCAACAGAGAUAGUGCAGAGCCACAUAACCGUCCAAGUAGAUUUGAUGGUGGUUCGCGUGACAGAGAUGCCCCCUCAAGAUUGUCUGAAGAGAGGCAGCGUGACUUGUCCGAAGAUAGAAGGAGAGACAGAGACAGAGAAGGUGGUCAUGGUGGACGAUCAUGGGGCUGGAACAGGGAACAUGAGCAUGACCGAGGCAGAGAAAGGGAUCGUGAAAGAGACCGGAGUAGGGAAAGAGAAAGGGAACGGGGUCGCAGCAGGGAAAGGGAAAGAGAACACAGUAGAGAGAGGGAUCGCAGAGAGUCUGACCGAUACAGAGAUGGAGAUGGAGACAAGAGGAGAGACAGGGAACGAGACAGAGACCGUGGCAGGGAGAGAGAUCAAGACCGAAAAGACCAUGACCGUGACAGAGCAAAGAAUAGAGACCGAGACCGUGACAGAGAUCGAGACAGCAGGGACAGGAGAAGAGAACGCUCAAGGAGUCGUGAUCGAGAGCGUGGAAAAGACCGUGACAGAAGAGAUCGGGACAGAGAACGGGACAAAGACAGAGGCAAGGAGAAAGACAGAGACAGACGGGACAGAAGCAGGAGCAAAGAAAAGAAAGAUGAAAGAAAAGAAAGAUCUGACAAUUCAAGGGCAAAGUCUACAGAAUCUGAAAACCCAUCAUGAAGGUCACUCAUCUUGACUGUUGACUGACACAAUUUUUUUUCUUUCUAAAUUUGCAUGGGUUUGAAUGUUGCGUUUGAAAGUCCCUUUUGUACUUUCCUUGCUGAAUAUUUUAUGCUUUUUACUUACAAGUCCUUGUUGUUGAUAACAUCUUCAGAUGUACUACUCAUGUGAUGAUCAUUUUGUCAGCACAACAUAAACUCUCCCUGUACCGCUAUUUUAAAGAAAACUAUGGAAAACUUCACAGAUAAGAAAAAAACAAGACAUGUAAAUAUGUAUGUUUGUGUAUAUACAGGUAUGUUUUUAACUACUUUUUUUUCUAAAUAGAGAAGUCAUAAGCCAUAUAGCUUUAAAACUGUUUAAAGGAAAAAUGUCUUCAAAAGGUCUUUAUAUGGUAAAAGCUUAACCAGCAUUUCAUGAAUGUGUCUUACGGCUAUUGUUAAUGAUUGACCUGAAGGCACUCCAGAUGUUCAUUGCAUUUGUUCAAUAAAUUCUCUGUGAUUAUAAUAAA